CACUAGUGUACGGGAGUUUCGAAGCGUUAUAGGAAAAAGGCCGCCGUGGCCGCUCUCAGGUUCCUCUCUGCUUGGAGCUUAGAGCUGUCAGUGAACAGUUGAACACAUGUGCCAGUUCCCACUAAUGUCUUCUCCCCAAGUUGUGAUGACAAUUUACGGCGAGUAGAUUCUCGCCAAAAAAACAGGGCAUUUUACGCCUGUAUCUCGCGUACACGAGAAAGAUGUACGAUAUAUGCCACCCCAGUUAUUAUCAUCUGUGCAAACUCGGCUGUAAUGAUCCGGUAAAAACGAGCACCGCCUUUUAUGUCUACAUUGAGCUAUGUGAAGUGAGACGGUAUUGGGAUGUCGAAUACAGGUAUAAUGAGGAACUUGACGUGAUCUAUUUUGAGGUAAAAAAAAGGGAACAUUCUCAGUUGGAGAUUUACAUACCUUGGCCAACCAAGUAUAGCAUUUGCCUCGAUAAAAUUGAGAAAAUGCAACAAUUAUUGCAGAAUGAACGAUUGACAUUUGUAUUUAAAUCCGAAGAUAGUAGCAGUGUUAUCUAUACAGUAAGUGCAGGCCUCUCAAAACCAGUGGCACCAGAAGUGAGCAAGCAACGAAAAGAAAAAGCGGAAAAGAUACUUAACUUGGAAAGUGAAAUUCGGAGGAACACAUCAAACUUAUAUGAACUAGCAAAAACUUUAGAUUCUACUCACGAAUCUAGCAGUCAAAAUUGUAAUCCUGAUUUAAAUACUAUUGAAUCUUCGAAUAUCGAUAACAGUUUGGAGAUAUUAUGAUACUUUUCUUGUACUUAAUAUAUAAUUUUGAUCAAAUAUAUGUCUGUUGUCUGUAUAUCGGUAUUUAUCUGUUUUUGUUACACACUUUGCAACUUAUGUAUGAAACACACAACGGUUAAACAUAUAAAAAAUACUGAUACACUACAUGUAAACCAAUAUAUUGUAAUUUCUGUUAACCGUAAUAAAAUAAUUUUUAAUGGCAUAAAUAA